AUGAUCGAAGAUGAGAGCAUGAACAGGCCCUACUCUGGACCGAUCUUUCCAGCUGUACACUACAUCUUCGAGGACGAUGAUACGGACAUCCUGACCGAGGCCGGUUUGCGCAGCAUGGACGACCUCGACAUGCACUCCGACGAUCAGGACGUUGACCACGAUGCCACUUCCCUCCUUCCUCCUCCUGUACCCGGCGUCCAAGAUAACUACGUCAUAGUCGAUAUCAGGCCGACGACGCCGGAGACGGCAACGGCCCCGUCUACCGCCGCGGUAGCCUCAGGUCACGCGAACGCAGCCCAGCAGAUUUCCUCCCCCGUGCCUUCCCGCUCACAGCCCCAAUACCGAAUCGCCAGGAGCCAGAGCCUGUCAUCUGGCUGGCAAGUACUAGGUAGCGAGCUGGUGCCCGCCCCGACCUUUGAGAAUGGUGAUCCCAGUCAGUCAUCCAGCCACGGGCUCAUGCUGAAGAUUCGGGGCGCGGACCGCAUGCCUGCCACAUUUGCUGACAGCCGCGAUAAGAGUCUGGAGGACAUGAUCGGCCACUUUUCCAAGAGAAUGACCGAGCUGCGUGCUAUCUUCGAGGAGGCUAACCUGGAGAUAUUUGAGGGGCAACAAGAGGAGGGAGAUGGUCAGGCCCAGAUGGGAGAGAAGCGUGAGGAGGGUGAGCAUGGCCCAGAGGCUCAAACAGAACUACAAGGAUGA